CCGGUGGUUAUUAAGGGUGUCCUUACGGCAGAAGACUCGCGAUUGGCUGUUAAUGCCGGUGCGGACGCCAUCUUUGUGUCCAAUCAUGGCGGCCGACAGUUGGACGGAUCGCCAGCUACUUUGGAGGCCUUACCGGAAAUUGUGGCGGAGGUGGGCCGGGAGGUCGACGUCUACCUGGACGGCGGUGUCCGCAGUGGUAGCGAUGUAUUCAAAGCCCUGGCUUUAGGAGCAAAGGCUGUGUUUGUGGGCCGACCCGUGUGUUGGGGUCUCGUCUAUAAUGGCUGCGAUGGGGUUAAGGCUGUGUUGGAUAUACUGUACAAAGAAUUGGAUAAUAUUAUGACAAUAGCCGGCUGUCCCACUAUAGGUGCCAUCACACGAUCGCACGUUAGAUAUGUUGAUGAAUACGCAAUGGGUUUACAAAAUUUGUAAAUUGUUUUUAGUUAAGUUUAUAAGAAUUAUUUACAAUACAGUAAUUUGUGCCUGAUAACUAUUUUCCAUGUAUAAAUG